CUGCUCCCGGCUGGGGAAGGGGAGGGACUCCUGGACUGGGGGCCCCCAAGCAGCGCUCUGCCUCCAGGGAGGUGGAGGAGGAGGAGGAGGAGGACGGGCUCCGUUCACACAGCCCCAGCACUUGCCAGGCUCCAUGUCCCGUUUCAGGCCUCGUGAGGAAGGAUGGGCACCGUCGUCCUCCUCGGAGGUGAAUGAAGGACGGGACUUUGGGGUGCCAAGUCAGGAAGGGGGGAUUUAGUCUCUGGAGCAAAUGAAGAGACGAUUCCUCUCUGCAAUCGACUGUUUCGGGGAGGAUUUUCCAGCAUGCAGCAGCAAGGCGGAGAAAGGAAAGAGGAAGAGCCGGAGGCUCUGGCAGCGGGGAAGAGCCCAGGUGCCGAAGCUGCGGACGGAGGGUGGGCAUGGGGAGUGGUGUUCCACUUCUUCCUGGUCAAUGUACUCGUGAUGGGGAUGCUCAAGACCUUCGGGAUUUUCUUCGUGGCGUUCCAAGAGGAGGUGGGGGGCUCCUCCGAGCAAGUCAGCUGGAUCGGCUCCAUCAUGUCCUCCCUGCGCUUCUUAGGAGCCCCGCUCGUGGCCGUGGUCUGCAGGAGGCUGGGCGAGCGGCCGACCUCCAUCAUCGGGGCCGGCUUGGUUGGAGGGGGCUGCCUGCUCAGCACCCAGGCCACCAGCGUCCCCUUCCUCUGCGUCUCCAUGGGACUCCUCCUGGGUAUGGGGUUCGCCUGCCUUUACCAGGCGGCUGCGGUGAUGAUGGCCAAGCGCUGCAGGACACGGUUGGCUUUCUCCAACGCCAUCGCCCGCUCCGGGAUGGGGCUGACGUUUCUAAUAGCGCCGUUCACUCAACUUCUCAUUGAUUUUUACGGCUGGCAAGGUACUCUCCUAAUUUUUGGAGGCAUCAUGUUAAACCUGGUGCCUUCCAGCAUGCUGCUGCGACCCAGCCGCGCCCAGCCACCUCAACGCCCCUCUGCUACGAGCCGAGACCGUGGGUCCUUAAUGGCAAAGCAGGAUUCAGAAACCCUCGAUGGAUGCUCAGACGAAAGCACUCGCAGGGAAAUACAGCUUCGCAGCACGCAGGACCUUCCCACCACAGAGGGAGCCGUGAUGCUCCACGGCAGAGAUGCCUCUGGUCCGGUAAAUACAUCGGCUUCGGAAGGGUUUGAGAAACCCCCCAUGGACAGCUGCUCACCAGAAACAGCCACCGAGGCCAAGAGGAGCUUCAAAUCCCUUCCACCGACCGAAAAGAAAAAUUCAGAGCCUCUCCUCGACUUCUCCCCACUGAAGGAUCCUGUCUUCUGCAUUUUCACCUGGUCGUUUUUGUUCAGCCACUUGGCCUACUUCGUGCCCAUCUUCCACCUGGUAGCAAGAGCCAGGACGCUGGGCAUAAGCAGCAUGGAUGCCUCUUACCUCAUUUCAGUGGCUGGCAUCACGGAGAUGGUCAGCCAGCUGCUCUCGGGCUGGGUUGCCGACCAGAACUGGACCAAGAAGUAUCACUACCACGUGGCUUACCUCGUCCUCGCCGGCAUCACCAACCUGCUCUGUCCUCUGGCCACCACCUUCCCGUCGCUCAUGACCUACACGGUGGCCUUCGCCGUUUUCUGCGGUGGGUUCAUGGCUCUGGUGCUCCCUGUGCUGGUUGAUCUAGUGGGUGUGCAAAAACUCCACAGCUACUUGGGGUUUGCUGCUUUCUUUGCUGGGCUAGCAGCCAUCGGCGGACCUCCCCUAGCAGGGUGGCUGUAUGACUACACCCAGACAUAUGUCUGCUCUUUCGUCUUCGCUGGAGCCUGUGCUCUCAUCUCACCUAUUUCUUUCUUCUUUGAGCCUUCGGCCCAGAAAUGGAAGCUAAAAAAAGCCAACCUGAACAACAGCCCCACGCUCGGCUGAAGUGAUUCUGCGGCGGAGAUUUUAAAGGACGGUCUUUGAUCACAGCCACGAUGGGAAAGCGAUCACCGGCACAGACCUUCUGCACCAGGAAAUAUAAACAGCAGCAAAAAUGAAAAUAGGAACUUUUUUAGAUGACAGAUUCAGUUUGUAUAUCUAGAUAUUUCUCCUGCACGUGUGAUUAAAGCCAUCUGAGAAACACAUAGUGCAAAGCAUUAUUUGAUGGGAAAAAACCAAGGCCCACAGCCCGGAUGGACAUGGGCUUCACCUUGACUUUGCUCCUGAGCCGUGUCUCUCCGUAUCUCAGCUUUCCCCCCGUGUGCAGUCCGACAGCUCGGUGUCGGAGCCGCAGAGCCGCCCCCCCCCCCAGCUUUCCCAACCACCGCGAGACAGCAAAGCUGACUCACCUCUCGGGAUGAGGCAGCCAAGGACCUCAAAAGUGCCAAAGCACAGCAGGAGAUUUCAGCUUAUUCUAUUCAGAUGUGAAUAAUUAGCCCCGGGGAGGGAUGCAAGGACAGUAACGGUACAGAGAGAUACGGAUUAAACUUCCAUGAGGACACGGAGAACGGCCGUUCCACAAAAACCUCUGUUUCCUCGAGAAGGAUGCUGCCCCACGGCCGCUCGUUCUCCCGGGCACGGUGAUAUUUGCCACAGCACAGAGGACCUGCGAGCAAAACCAAUUCUAAUUAAAGCCAGUACAGCACGCAAAGAUCGUACCCAUCUCCCAGAGACUCCGCUCCCCUUCUCCCCACCCUCCCCAUCGUCCAGCAACUCCUGGGGAUUCAAUGAACACACGAAAGCAGCUUCCAGAGCCGGGCAGCAACGCUGAACCUAUAUUCAACCAGCAUCCUACAGAUUUAAUUUGGAUGGGCAAGAUGUAACACAGCUGCUUUGACUUUUUUUUCAGGUAGCGAGGCUGCAAUUUUUUUUUGCAUUAUCACCAGUUAUUUAAAAUUAUGAUGUGGGUCUGGGAUGUCAUAAGGGUUUUACAUGGCAACCAUCCCACCCACUGGAAUGAUCCUUUUUUUCCCCUCCCCCCCCCCUUUUUUUUUUUAAAAUAUUAAACCAACAAGAGAGUUGUUUCCCCCACAGAAAUGCUCCUUUCAACUGUCAAAUGGGUUAUUUCGAGCACAAAACUAAGCAGUCUAUAUUUAAUAAAGAGCUACAGAACAUUACAGCGGUAUUAAGGAGCUAAAACAUUGGCACAGGCAAGAAAGUUCCCUCGCAGAUAAUGGGGCAAAUUCAGCAGUUACACAAUGCCAAAGAAACUAGGCACGCUUGAACAAGGGGAAGAAUUUAGCCUUGCAUUUGCAGUAGAUGGGGAAUAUCAGUGCUACAAAGUGGUUAAUUUUUCACACACUGAGUCACAGCUUCUCCUAACUCCAUCUGCAGGCAGCAAACACUUCAGAAAUUGUCCUUUUACACCCGAACCACAGCAUCAAACCCAGCACGGGAUUCGGCUGUACCAGUUAACACCUGUAUCCACGAGAGGAUCUCCAGUGGGUCAUUUUCUGAGCAACCAGGAUUUAAGGAUAAAACUAUUUAGGAAGCAUUUAAGGCACUGGGAGUUUAAGAUGGGCAAGCGGGUACCGCGUAAUUUGGCUCAAGCCAGUCCCACACUGAGCCUUCAGCUGAGGCCGUCUGCAGCAGGGAUGAAGCUUUCCUUUGCAAAUUUGAGUCUUCAGCUCUUAAAACAUUACAGUUCAUCACUCUCAGACUGAACAAAUAAAGACAAAUUAAAGGACUGCUUUGCUGCUGUUAUAGGAACUAUUAGGAACACCUGGCUUCAGCUUCUCCGAUCCAAAAGCUUCAAAAAAAUCCUCUUAUCCUGCAUCUCUCCAACACUAUUUGAGCUCCGUAGUGCUUUUCGCUGUUAAGCGUGAGACCCAGCGACCAAAGGAACGCAGGGACGAAGAAGAGCCAACACACUGCAUCCUCGCCCCACACGAUUUAUAGCACUUAUCCUCGUGCCCCAAUCUCUUCCUCUCCCUGUAAAUAAAGGCAUUCUGCUCAA